ACACGAGGGCGAGGAGGGACAACCUGCUGAGAGGAGUCAAAAACGACAGAGUUCAAACCAAACACCCGCUGUUCAUGAGCCACAGCAAACUUCUUGGUCACAGACUCUGAGGACACUACAACCCUGGAGAGGCUGGUACAGUUUCCUUCCAGUAGGUGUUGUGUGGUCUGUCUGCCAGGUGGAGGCGCCGCUGCACCCCUCUCUGUUACUGGUGGAUGUGUGCUGGAGGUUCCUGUUGGUGUGUUUGCUGUGGAUGAUUCUGGGAGGUUGUGUUCAUGCCCUGAAGUGCCGCCUGCAGCCAGGACAGAAUCAGGGGGAGUCUCCACUGAGGAUACAGCAGGAGGUUGUAACUGCAAACAGGAGUAACAGCAAUUUACGGAUGUCCCAGCCUAGAGGCCUGGGCCACUGCGGUCAUCUGGCCCUUGCCCUGGCCGACAGCCUGCUGCUGUGUGUGCUUCAGGAGCCCCUGCCAGACCCCAGCGUGCCCCACAUAAAGGCUCUCCUCUCCAGGCUGGAGUCAGUGUCUCACUCACUUGAGAAGGCUGAUUUUGGGUCCGAGGCGACACUGGAGGAGGUGGACCAAGACUCUAUACUGAUAAACAAAGUGAAGCUCAUCCGCACCUACCUGCAGCAGAGGAUGACGACACUGUGUAGACUCAUCCAGGUGCAGGGGGAUUUUGAAGCCAGUGUGAAGGACAUGAUGGUGGGCCUAGAAGGCCUCUGGGCUCAGUUGGAGGAGCUGCAUACUGGGGUCACACUCACCAAAGAGGGGGGCCAAGACCACACAGACCUGGCCUCGGCCCAAACAGAUGCAGAGAAUUUGUUUGCCGUGUUGGGGCACUACAGGAACAGACUCCGGUGCUGCGAGGCUUAUCUGAAGGACAGCACACAACUACUGCAGGAGUUAACCUGGAGUCACACUCCUAUAAGCAACAGUGUGAGUAGCAGCAGUGAAUCAGUCUGGCCAGAGCUGUUGCUUCAGUCCAACAUUGAGCAGUUUGACAAGGUGCAGGAGAGUUUCCUCCCCCUGGAGCAACAGACCUCUACGUUCCAGGCCCACCUGGAGGGACUUGAAAAGGGGAAUCAGCGAGGACAUGCAGGGCCCCUCGCUCAUGCUAACGGGGCUCAUUCCCGCUCAGCUUCUCCACAGACUUCCCUACAUCUUGACAGCGAACGCACAAGUGAUGUUGAGCACAAUAACUCGACCUCUGCAUCCACGUCUGUCUCCUCAAUGGAUGCAGACACAGACACAGAAAUAGACAAUCCUCGCUCACUAUGUGAGAGGUCAGCUCUGCAGUUCACCUCCACUAUCGGACGCCUGCGGAAAUCUGCAAGGAGGAAGUGACUUUUAUCAAACUCUACUUAUAUUAUGAACCAGAGAUUUUAUUGAACUAGAGAGGUUUCAAUUAACAAGGGAGAAUAAUUUCAAAUGUUGAUCAUUUGCAGGUUACCUUAAAAAUUGAUUAUUUGUUGCUUUCUGUGUGGCUUUAUUCAGUUUUCAGUUUUUGUAAAAAAAAAAAACCCUUUUAUAUUUUUCUUUAUUUUUUCAUUUCAAAGACUGUGGUAAAUCAGAGCAUACAAUAACAGCAUUUUCAUUCAUAUAUAAUAAUAAUUAAUAUUUCAAACACAAGGGGGCAGACUGUCAUCAGUUAUUAAUACAAACAAACUGAUGACUCGCAUUACCUAUUCAACAUGCUUUAUUAUAAUAUCAAACCACACUAUACCGUAGAGUCAUCUCACAUCUCUGCCUGCAAUGAGGGACCAUUGCCCAGAAAAUUUCCGUUUAAUCAACUUUAUAGGAGGAAAGUGCUGGAAAGGCUUCUCAAACAUAUGGCCCAUAAAUGUGUUUCUUUAUGAUCAGAGCAGUCUGUCACAACUUGUGUCUGAAGAAUCUCAUAAUGUGUCUGAUGAAUGAUAUUCAAACAUAUAUAUGUCAGGUGUAACUUAAUUUCAGUUACCGAUUAAUUUCAUUAACCAUCCUUUUUGCACUUGAAGAAAAUAAUGUCGUAUUGGAUUUCAUGAUGCACUUCUUUGGAAGCCUUAUCCACUGUAUGUUACAACUCUUUUAAUCAAUGCUGUCAAAGUAUAAAAAAAAACAUUUUUAGAUCUAUCUAUGAUUUUAAGAAGUAUGUUCUUCUAAUAUGAAUAAGGAAUAGGUUACUGGUUAAGAAAUCCCAGACAUUUCUCUUUUCCAAAACUAUUUCUGUUCUGCCUCUCUCUGUCAGACUGAGUGGCCACGAUGACUUCAGCCCUUCAAAGCAGGGAUUUCAGGUUGAGGGCAGAGGGGGGAGGGAGGAGAGGAAGGUAGAAGGGGGCAGUGGAGGUCAACGCCGGAAGCGUUUCUGUUAUUACUAAAAACUGAGCAGCCCUCUAGACCUUUUUGAAAGACAUGAAUGUCUUUGAUCCAAAUUCAAUUACCCUGCAGCUUUGACACUGAUGGCAUACAAGUCAGCAUACUUUUCUCCACCAGGUUCCCAACUUUUCUGGCCGGACCAAACAGGAUUUCUGAUGAGAAUUGAUACAUUAAUCGCUGCCGUUUAGCACUAAUUGUAGGGAGUCUGUACAGUAUGCACGACAUUGAUGUAAUUUGACCAUGAACUUGCCUAUCAUCUGCCAGAUCCUGCAUCUGUCCUAUUCCCUCAUACUGGGGCAGUGAUUGGGAGAGGUGGGGCAGACCUAUGGGGGAUCUGGGAUGAAAGGAAUGCAAGCUGAACGCUGCAGGAUACGAGCUGUCACAACACCAAAGACACAAACACACCAUGUCUGGAUGGACAGAGGGACAU